UAUAUACAAAUAAACUCACCCUGCGCAAGGCGCAUGUCUUAUUCUAGUAUAUAAAUAAAUGACAUAACAUAGCAACAUAUAUACUAAAUACAUCAUAUCAUAUGAACUGUGUAUGCCAACAAUGUAUAUUGGUUACUGCAUUGCUUACACUAAACCUCAAGGUUAAGCAAGACACAUGUGAAUAAUGUAACAUGUGUACUGGUGGUUUGGCCGAGGAUAGACGGCAAACCGAAGGAGGGAGAUGUGAAGCCAUCUCUAAAUUGAUCACUAUAAGACACAAUUCGAUAUUUUUCUCCACAAACCUGGGUCUUCCCAUGCGUAACUACAUAUAUGAUCAGUCAUCAGAGGUUCUUGCUCCAUUCAUAUUAACAAAAAGAUAACUAAUUUUUUUAAUAAAAUAUACCUAAAUUUUACCUUGACUAGGGUUAAAAGGACAUAUAAUUAGCAUUUUUGUUAAUGGCAAAUUUCGUUUUGAUAUAAUGGACAGUGUGCAGUAAAGGAAUUGUCAUAGAAAUACUGAUUUCGUAAGACAUGUAGUUUGAAAGUUACAUAAAUUAUUGCAUGUAACAGAUUUUCUUUCAAGAAAGUUAUUAUAGACUUAAGAGUAUGGUUAUUGGGAGGUUUUUAGAGUGUGGUUCUUACCGGAAUAUAAGAAUCCGUCUCUUAACUUUUAACUAAAAAAGUUAAGAACCGGCUCUUAAAACUCUUAUUUAAAAACCGGUUCUUAACUUUUUUAGUUAAAAGUUAAGAGACGGGUUCUUAUAUUAUGCUAAGAACUCCACCCUAAAAACCCCCUCCCCAAUAAUCAUGCUCUAACGAGUGGUCCAUGGUGAAAUAAAUACUGUAUAAAUAAAAUAAAAACAGAAAGUGAAUAAAUUAUAGAAAAACAGAAAAAGUAAAUUGGAAAAGCUUUCUUCCUGCAAGUACACAAGUACCUUGACUUGGCAAGUUUCCAUUAUUUUGUUUCCUCGAAAAGGAAAGUGGAAAAAAAAGAACUUGAUAAAUAACCUUGAGUGGCUCUGCUCUCUCUUUAAUGGUGGAGACUGGAGAAAAUUAUUUAGGAGACUUUUUCUUUGUUAUUCAUCACAAAACAUUUGCGAAUAAUGUCACGGCGUAUCAUCCGUCUCUCCAAGCUCUCUUCUCGGAACAACAAUGUUUUCAUCCAAAAGUGCGUUCGCUUUUUCUCCACCGGCCCGUACUUGACACUCGGUUGCAACACUGGAGAUGUCCUCUUGUUUGACCCGGCCAAAGAACAGAUAGUGACUCUCCACGGCAAAACAAUACCUAAAGAGCUCAAGGACGAAGGAAUGAUUGGAGCUUCUCAUGGAUGGGUUUUUUUCUCUGACCGGCGUGAUCGUACGGUACGUGUCAGCGACAUUUACAAUUCUUUUGCAUCCAAAUCAAACCCCUCCGUGAUUCCUCUGCCUUGUCUUACUGAUCUUCCCUGUGAACAAAUCGAACAAGUAUGUAACGUAGCAAUGUCGUCUUCCUCCCCUCUCGAGAAAGACUGUCUAGUGGCUAUCAAGUUUUCAGGUGACCAGUUGAGUCUAUGCAGGCCCGGUCGUGACCUUGAGUGGAUUAACAUCUUAACCCCUUUCCAUUGCUGUGAAAACUCAAAUCUCAUGUAUUCAAAAAGAGACCAUAGAUUAUACUUACCUGCUCCUGGAGGCAAACACUUGUUCUCCUAUCAUCUCAACUCCACAGCAGACCCCGCUGAGCUCCAUGAGUUGGUCUAUCGCGGCCCUCCAGAGAUGGUCCAGUCCGAGUGGGAGGUCUUGAGUUCGUGCUCCAGGAGGGAAUACCUUGUUGAGUCAUCCUCUAGUGAUGAACGUUACCUAGUCAAAUGGUAUGCGCAUGGCUUCUACUCAUCGGUGUUAAAAGGAAUUGAUUACGAAACAAAGAGGUUCAUGUUGUUUAGUGAGGAGGAGACUACCGAGGGAAAAAUCAUGUGUUACACAGAGGACAUUGGAGAUAUGUGCAUUUUCAUUGCAAGUAACGAGGCUUUCUGCAUCCCGGCUAGCUCAUGCCCCGGUCUGAAACCUAGCACCAUCUAUUUUAUGGGACGUGGCUUUGGCUCUUACGAUCUCACUACCGGAGACACACAUCAUUACAAAGCUCCCGGUGGUGUUAUCACCAUUCCUUACUGGCUUCCUCCGUUUUCUACGUAGUCACGUAUAAAACUCGUAAAAUCAACUUCUUAAAAUCUUUUUACUAAUAGUUUUUUUUUAUGUUAAAAAAAGUGUCAAUAUGGUAUAAAUUUCUUAGAGCAUCUCCAAUGUAUUACUCCAAAAUGGUGUAACUCUAAAAUGGAAUUGAGUUUUACUACAA